GGAAUCCACCACCAAAACCGAGUCCAUAAGAAGGAAAGUAGUAGUAGUAGUAGUGAGAGAAAAGAAAAGAAAAGGAAAAAGAGCACCGCACAUACCUGAGGGAGGGAGAGAGAGAGAGAGAGAGAGAAAUAAGGAUGGGGUCGCGCUACGAGGUGGAGUUGACGAUCGUGUCGGCGCGGGACCUGAAGAACGUGAACUGGCGGCACGGCGAGCUGGUGGCGUACGCGGUGGCGUGGGUGGACGACGGGCCGAGGGUGUCGACGAGGGCCGACCACGAGGGCGGCACCAACCCGGUGUGGGACGAGAAGCUCUGCGUGCCGGUGCCCCCCGACGCGCGCCUCGACGACGCCGUCCUCCGCGUCGACGUCGUCCACGCCGGCCCCGCCGCCGAGGGCACCAAGCCCCUCGUCGGCUCCGCCCGCCUCCCCCUCCGCCACGUCCUCGACGACGUCGGCAUCGGAUCCAAGUCCUCCCGCACCCUCCCCCUCAAGCGCCCCUCCGGACGCCCCCACGGCUUCAUCGACCUCAAGCUCGCCGUCCGCGACGCCGCCCCGCCGCGCCCCCGCUACUACGACCCCUACGCCGCGCCCCCCCCCUACGCCCAGUCCAGGGACUACCGCCCCGGCGACGGAUCCUACGCCCAACCCUACGGCCAACCCUACGGCCAGCCCUACGCUGUGCCGCCUCCCGCGGGGUACCCCUACGAUGCUCCGCCGCCGCCGCCGCCCCAAUACGGAUCGGCGGCGUACGGCGGGGCGGCGUACGGCGGAGCGGCGGCGUCGGCGCCGGCGUAUGGCGGGGCGGCGCCGUACGGGGUGGUGGAGGAGAAGAAGAAGUCGAAGUUCGGGAUGGGGACGGGAUUAGCGGUGGGGGCGGCGGCGGGGUUGCUCGGGGGACUGGCGAUCUCAGAGGGGGUGGACUACAUGGAGAAUAAGAUCUCCGACGAGGCGGCGGACAAGGUGGAGGACGAUCUCGCCUACGACGAUGGGUGCUACGGCGGCGACGAUUUCUAAGAGGAUCGCGAAUUAGGGCGGAAUAAAUCCCCCCCAAAAAAAAGGGAAAAAUGAUAAAAAAAAUAAAAUAAAAAUCAGUGUUUAAUCGCGGCGAUGUUAUUGGUGGUAUUUUGUUACUUGUAUUUCGCUCUUUCUUUUUUAAUUAAGAGUGGUGGCAUGAGUGUUAAUCGUUUUUAAAUGAAUCAAUGUUUCUCUGUUUUCUGUA